CCAGUGCCAGCGUUGGAUUUUUGUUUUUAAAGGAAUUGUAAGGAAGAUGAUGCUGGCAGGCAGUGAGCAGCUUUCCCAGUAGCAGGAGGCUGAGGGCGCUCGCUUUGUCGUCACACAGCUGUUCAUUUGAGUCCUGGCUCUGCUGCUUCCUGGCUGUAGGAGCUCAGGUAAGUUCCCCAGCCGUGCUUUGUCUCUUUCCACAUCCAUAAGUGGAGAUAAAACACUAGCACAUGUUGCUAUAUUGUUACCUUGCCAGGGACCUGGACUUUCAUCUCUGCCCAUUCUUUGUGUGAUCUUGGGCAGAUUGUCCCCAUUUUUACACAUGUAAAAUGAUUGCUAAGAAGACAUUGUGGGGUCCUGUACAUGGUGUUGUUGUUGGUCACACUUUCACAGGCUUUAUACUGCGUGGUACCAUGCAGCCUCUACAGUGUGUGCUCCGAGGGCAGAGGGCCUUUCCCUGGGGACCAGCAGCCUCGGUGUCCAGGCAGCUCAGGACCUGCAGAGCACAUGGAAGUCUCUGCAGUACCGUGGGUCCUGGUCCCGAGAGGCUGGAAGAUGGAGUGCGGAAGGAUUUCAGCUCCAGACUGGCAGAUGGACCGACUUUCCAGCACUUUCUGAGGAAUGCCUUGCCCUCUGAAGAGAAGCCGCCUUGCCCGGAGGUGGCAGAUUCACCCCCCUAUCUCUCUGUGGACCAUCUUCUGGGAAGGCAGAGAAAAGUCUACCUUGAGACCUACGGCUGCCAGAUGAAUGUGAACGACACAGAGAUAGCUUGGUCCAUCUUGCAGAAGAGUGGCUACCUUCGGACCAAUAACCUCCAAGAGGCUGAUGUGAUCCUCCUUGUCACCUGUUCUAUCAGGGAGAAAGCCGAGCAGACCAUCUGGAACCGCCUCCAGCAGCUGAAAACGCUAAAGACAAGGAGGCUGCGCUCCCGGGGGCCCCUGAGGAUUGGAAUUCUAGGCUGCAUGGCCGAGAGGCUGAAGGAGGAGAUCCUUGACAAGGAGAAGAUGGUGGACAUCUUGGCUGGUCCAGAUGCCUAUCGGGACCUACCCCGCCUGCUGGCAGUCACCGAGUCAGGCCAGCAAGCUGCCAAUGUGCUGCUCUCUUUCGACGAGACCUAUGCUGAUGUCAUGCCAGUCCAGGCGAGCCCUGGUGCCACUUCCGCUUUUGUGUCAAUCAUGCGAGGAUGCGACAAUAUGUGCAGCUAUUGCAUUGUUCCUUUCACCCGAGGUCGGGAGAGGAGUCGGCCCAUUGCCUCCAUUCUGGAGGAAGUGAGGCAGCUUUCUGAGCAGGGACUGAAAGAAGUGACACUUCUUGGUCAGAAUGUUAAUAGUUUUAGAGACAGUUCAGAGAUCCAGUUCAACAAUGCAGUUUCCACCAACCUCAGCCGUGGCUUCACCACCAACUAUAAGACCAAGCAGGGGGGUCUCCGUUUUGCUCACCUUCUGGACCGGGUCUCCAGGAUAGACCCUGAGAUGAGGAUUCGCUUCACGUCUCCACACCCCAAGGAUUUUCCUGAUGAGGUCCUGCAGUUGAUUCACGAGAGAGACAACAUCUGUAAACAGAUCCACCUGCCAGCCCAGAGUGGAAGCAGCCGUGUGUUGGAGGCCAUGCGGAGAGGAUACUCUCGGGAAGCUUAUGUGGACUUAGUUCACCAUAUCAGAGAGUCCAUUCCAGGUGUGAGCCUCAGCAGCGACUUCAUCGCCGGCUUUUGCGGGGAGACGGAGGACGAUCACCUGCAGACGGUGUCUCUGCUUCGGGAAGUUCAGUACAACAUAGGCUUCCUGUUCGCCUACAGCAUGAGGCAGACACGAGCAUUUCAUAGACUCAAGGACGAUGUUCCAGAAGAAGUAAAAUUAAGGCGUUUGGAGGAACUGAUCACGGUCUUCCGGGAAGAAGCCACAAAAGCCAACCAGAGCUUCGUGGGCCGAACCCAGCUGGUGCUGGUGGAAGGGUUCAGCAAGCGCUCUACCAGUGACCUGUGUGGCCGGAAUGAUGGGAACCUGAAGGUGAUCUUUGCUGAUGUGGAGAUGGAGGAUGUUGCCAGCCCUGGGCUCAAGGUCAGAGCCCAGCCUGGGGAUUACGUGCUGGUGAAGAUCUCCUCUGCCAGCUCUCAGACACUGAAGGGCCACGCCCUCUGCAGGACCACUCUGCAGGACUCCUCAGCACAGCUGACUGCAUGGGUGCACCCGGAUGAGGCAGAGAACUGUGGCUGUCGCUGACUGAGGAGGUAACAGGGCCUUGGGGCCACGCUGCGAGUGCAGGAGCAACUUCAUGUCAAACACAUCUCCUGACUGCUACAUGGACAGCUCUUUUGAUUAUUAAAAGGAAAUGAUCCUUU